GUGCGCAGUUUUUCUCUUUCUCUUGUAUGCUUUUUUCCCACCCCUUCUCUCUCCCAUCUUUAUCUGUCUCUCCUCUGCUCUUCUUCAUCCUCAUCCUUCUCCUGCAAAUAUUCUCUUUAAGGCAUAGCUGUAGUAUAAAUGCAAAUCAGCUUCAGAGCACUAAGUCAGAGACCGCUGCCCUACAGACACAUUGGCACUGCAAGCAUACGGUUCAUGUUGCGUCACUUUUACGCACUGUGCAUGUGUUGAAGUAUGAUAAGCACGUUGUGUGUUAAUAGUUUUAAGCCCUCCUAUUCUAGUUGACUUUACUUAUCCUUCCCUAAUUUGGUACCAGUGUAAUACCAUUGAUGAGCACUUAACCCAUCACUACACUGAAAGCCGCACUGCAGCAGCUUCUCUCUCUCUCUCUCUCUCUCUCUCUCUCUCUCUCUCUUCUAUCCAAUUUAACACCCCCCCAUCUCACUCCAGCCCUUGCUUAUUUUUUUUACUCUUGCUCCCCCUGCUGUAUCUGCAUUUUCCUUUUCCUAUCUCCAUCCUUUUCGUUUUCUCCAACAACCUCCCUUGCUGUCUCUCCCUCUCCUCUUAAUCCCUCUCUCUCUCUCGCUGUUAUAUACAUUGUAGGAUGGAAUAAUUAAUUCUGACACCCCCACCCCCUCAUCCUUUUCUUCUUUCGGCUUAGAAGAAGAUAGAGAAAAGUCAAAAGAUGUGUGCAUCCCUCCCUAUGAAUCACUGCAUGUGUGUGAUAGAAGGAGAAUCAGACUUGAGGUGAAGAGCAUUGCGUCAUUGGGGGUGUGUUGAGCAGGAGGUGGGCUAAGCCGGCUGUCAGUCAGUGACGCUAGCGGAGCACGUGCGUAUGUCAUGGCUGGGGAGACGCUGUGUGCUGGUUAUCUAGGCUGUAGACGAGGAGCGCUAGAAACAGCUGCAGCUCCCCUUUGCCGACAGGCUGAUCGAGGGAGUGAAUGUCUGGGUGAGUGUGUGUGUGUGUGUGAGUGUGAGUGAGUGAGUGAGUGAGUGUGUGUGCGCAUGUAGAUGCUGCAUGGGCUGCAACCGGAGCUGCUGCUGCUGUUGGUGAAUUAUGCAGACAGAGGAACAGAGUUUAGAUGGUAUGCAGGGAGAUGGAUUAAUAAUGCAUCCUGCCGGGUUACGAGCUCUGCAUUAGUUAGUUUUGCUGGAACCUGUAGCUGCCUACUGUCUGCCUGAUUGCCCGACUUCCUAAGUCCCUGUCUACCUUUCUGCCUGCCUUCCUACCUGACUGGCGGACCACGUACCUACAAAGAAAAUGUCUCAUUACCAUUUCAUCAAAUGCUGCUGUUUUCAGCUAUGUAAUGUCUUUCGUCAAAACAUGGAGAUAGACCAGUGUCUGCUGGAGUCUCUCCCCAUUGGCCAGCGCCAGCGGCUGGUCAGGAGGAUGCGUUGCGACCAAAUACGGGCAUACUACGAACGGGAGAAGAGCCUUCAGCGCCAGCAAGGUGGAGUCAAGGUUCGGUCUGCGUCUGUGCACCGCAAGAAGCCCCAGGUCCGCUUCAACCAAACCGAUGUCAUACGGGAUGCCAUCAUUCGCCAUGACGACAAAGAAGUGAUUCGUCUCCUGAAGGAAGGAACAGACCGCAACACACCCACGGCUUCUGGGGGAUCUUUGCUGCAUCUGUGUGCUCGCCAUGACAACGUGUUUGCUGCAGAACUUCUGAUUGAGCGCGGCCUGAAUGUCAACCUGCAGGAUGAAGACCUGUGGACAGCCCUGCAUGUAGCGUGUGUGUGUGACCAUGCAGAUGUGGUGCUGCUUCUGCUGCUGGCCGGGGUGAAUGUUCUGCUGCAGGACGUCAACGGGAACAUUCCUCUCGACUACGCCACAGAGGGAACCGAGACCAGAUAUAUCCUCCAAAAACACCUUGAAGAAAAUGGUGUGGAUGUGUCAUCCAUGCACACCAUGAAGAUGCAGAGACCCAACACAAUGCUGUCUGAUGUCAGACAGCUUGUAGCCGCAGGGGGAAGCGUCAACCAGCCCGGUGAUGACGGGGUCACUCUGCUCCACAUCGCCUGUGCCAGCGGUUACAGAGAGGUGGUGUCUUUGUUGUUGGAGAGCGGGGCCGACCCUCAUCCUGCCGACAACACCUUUUGGACUCCUCUCCACCUGGCGGCUAAAUAUGGACAGACAAGCAUCGUUAGCCAGCUCCUGCGGCAUCGAGCGAACCCGACUCUGUUGAACCGCGACCAAGACAAGCCCUCAGACAUUGCAGCGUCCGAGCCCAUUGCUGAUCUGCUGCUGAACGCAGAGGAGAGCUGGAUGCAGAGACUGGCAGACCCCUCUGCUCCUCUUCCAUCCACUGACCAACGCUAUGACAGCGGUUCACACGACCUCAACACCCCCGUCAAGAACUUGAACCCCCUGGGUCUCUCUAUCUCUAAGCGGGACAGUCUGCUUGAGAAGUGUACCAUGUUCAGAGAUGCAGGAGGAGCGCUGAGCCGACAGCCCUCACAGGACAACGGCCUAGAUGGCCCCUUUAGCUCGGGAGCCGGUAAACUGGAGCAGGUCAAACUGAUGCCUCCAGCUCCAAACGAUGACCUGGCGUCUCUCAGUGAGCUGACCGACAGCAGCCUGCUCUACGAGAUGCAAAAGCGCUUCUGCAACGACCAAAUCUAUACCUACAUCGGACACAUUCUUCUCCUGGUUAAUCCAAACAAAGAGCUGCCCAUCUACUCCACUUUGGUGAGUCAGUUGUACCUGAGCUCCACGGGUCGUCUGUGCUCCUCUCUGCCACCUCACAUCUUCUCUUCGGCAGAACGAGCGUACCACAUGAUGCUGCUGGAGAGGCGCCCGCAGUGUUUCAUCCUCAGUGGUGAAAGUGGUUCUGGAAAAUCCGAGGCCUGUAAGCACAUAGUGAGACACCUGACAGCCCGCUCCAGCCCCAAAGGCCUCGCCUUGGAGUCCAGGAUGAAACAUGUUAACUCUAUCCUGGAGGCCUUCGGUCAUGCAAAGACUCAGAGGAACAACAACUCAAGCCGCUUUAUUAAGCUGUUAACCAUCCAAUACUGUGACAAGAGGAGGACGCUGCUCAGAGCUCGACUGUACACGUACAUGCUGGAGAAGUCCCGCCUGGUGCACCUGUCUCCUCAACAGCACAGCUUCAGCAUCUUCUAUCUGAUGGCUGAAGGCAUGUCGCCUGAGGAGCAUAGUGCACUUUACCUCAACAAUGUCCUGACUCAUAGGUAUCUUAAUGGAGCAGUUCCAGGGGAAAAACCUCCAGUAGCGACAGCCUCGAUCCAAAGCAGGGAACGCCUGGCAGCAGUCAAACAAGCCCUGCGAGCCCUAGGCUUCAACAAGCAGGAGGUUGACUCAGUGUUUAUGCUGCUAUCUGCUGUUCUCCAUGUUGGGGACCUACGUUUUACAGCGUUGACAGAUGCCGACACAGCCUUCCCCUCUGACCUGCAGCUGCUGGAGAGAGUGGCUGGAAUGUUACAGCUGUGCUCCAAAGACCUGAGCACUGGCCUGACCUCUGAUGUUCAGUACUUCAAAGGUGAUGUGAUCACUCGGCGCAACACGGUGGAGAUGUCAGAGCAGUACAGAGACCAUCUGGCCAAGGCCAUCUAUGGACGCCUUUUCAGCUAUCUAGUCAACAGUAUCAACGACUACCUGCAGGGGCAGGACGACAGCAUCGGGGAUCCUGCCUUGGAAAUUGGGAUCUUGGACAUCUUUGGGUUUGAAGAAUUUCAGAGGAAUGGCUUUGAGCAGCUGUGCGUGAACAUGACCAAUGAGCGGCUGAGGCAGUACGUCUCCGAGGUGCUAUUCCAGCAGGAGCAGGCCGAGUGUAUGCAAGAAGGCAUCGCCAUGGAGACCUCAGGCUCCCACGGCAACCAGUCAGCUGUCCUAGACUUCUUUCUGCAGAAGCCGCAGGGACUGCUGUGUGUAUUAGACGAGGAGAGCCAGAGUCUGAGGCCGGCAGAGCAGACCAUGUACAAGAGGCUGUCCACCCAGCUAGACUCCAAUCCCACUCACGGCCUCUCUUUUACAACUAAGGACGGCAACGGAAACCCCCCACCUAAAGACCAGGGUCCGGCCUUCACUGUCAGCCACUUCGCUGGACAGAUUUCUUAUGACCUCACCGGAUCCCUCAAAAGGAACAAGGACUCCCUUCCUCAGAAUCUCUUGUUUACGAUGAAGUCCAGCGAGAGCGUGUUACUGCAGCAGCUCUUCCAGUCCAAGCUGACUCAGACUGGUUCUCUGGUGCCAGCAGCCCAGAGCCGUGCAGGAUUGAGAGGGCUUAAAGCGGCCUUGUUGCUCCACAGGAUGCCAUCAGCGUCCCUUGUCACCACCAACACUGUCCCCCAACAGCCCCGGAGAUAUCAUGACCUUACCAAGAUCUCAAAGAAGAAAGGCUCAGGCUCCUUCCUCCAACGGUUAGAGCGCUGUGGGCCCGUUACAGCUGCUGUCCAGCUGAGAAACUCGCUGUCAGAGCUGAUCAGUAAGCUGCAGGCAUGCACGCCUCACUUUGUGGAGUGCGUGCGCCCAAACGCCAGCGGUCAACCAGACAGUUUUGACAGCUUCCAUGUGUCUACCCAGCUGCAAUACAUCGGGGUGCUGGAGAUGGUGCGCAUGAUCCGUUAUGGAUACCCCGUGCGCCUGUCCUUCCCGGGCUUCCUCAGCAGGUAUAAAGAUCUUGUGAUCCCAACUUUGGGAGACAAGAAGAAACUGUCGGCCGAGGAGAGAUGUCGCUCAGUUCUGCAGCAGUCCAAACUCCAGGGAUGGCAGAUGGGCAGCAGUAAAGUGUUUCUGAGGUACUGGCAGGCAGACCAGCUUAACGACCGCUGCUACCAGCUCCAUAAAAAGAUCAUCACCUGUCAGAAAGUGGUGCGCGGCUGGCUGGCCAGACGGCGCGUACAUCGCAGGUUGUUGCAGCGGCGGAAGGAGGAGGAGUGCAGUGUGCAGCGUUUCCUGCAGGGGGCAGAGGACAUGGGGCUGCGGACCUAUGACCAGCUGGUCAUCCAAAACGCGUCUGACAUCGCGCGGGAGAGCGAUCGCCUGCGCUGCCAUGGCAACAGCCUCCUCAGCACCAUUUGUACCAGCCCGCCGCUUGGUGAGAGGCCCGAGCCGGUGGGCAAGGAAGAGGAUCAGCCUGUCAGGAGAGUUCUGGAGAAAAGUUGGAAAGCCUACGAAAGUCCCGUCAACGGGGGCAGUCGGGUUAUUCGGCACUUUCGCUCCAGCUCAGUACCCACCCCGCUCGCCAUGGAAAACAUGGUCCUGUCUUCUGCCGGUCCGUCCGUCAAACCAGCCCUGCAGCAGGUAGCUCACACCAACGAAGACGGUACAGUAGGGGGAAGUCUUUCCUCCCCUCGGAAGCAGCCUCCUCCCAAACCAAAGAGGGAUCCCAACACUCGUCUGAGCGCUUCCUAUGAAGCAGUCAGUGCCGGGUUAGUGAUGGCAGCUAAAGAGUGCCCCACUCCAGAGGGCUACGGGUCACCAGCUGGAAGUCCUCCUAAGUCCCAGCUGUCCCCCACAGACCCAGCAGCCUUGUCUAAGCCUCGACCCCACAGUGACGACUACACAACUAUGAGGAAGGUGCCGCCCCCUAAACCUAAGCGCAGUCCAAACACUAAACUGACGGGCUCGUAUGAGGAUAUCAACGCUGUAGCACCUCAACUCCAUCAGCUGCGCCCUGCAGAUGUGAAGCUGGCCUUGUUGUCCCGUGCUGGGGGAAUAAGCGGUUUUGGUGGUUUGAUGCAGAGAGCAGCCUCUAUAGAUGCCCCACUAGGAGUAGGACUGAGUCUGUUCCAGGGACACGAUGAUGAGGAUGUAUACAUAGAGAUGUUGGGCUCUCAGCAGCGGGCUCGGAGCCUCCAGGAGCCCCCCGAUAGCCCCGAGCUCACCGACUCAGAGGCCGUCUACGAGGAGAUGAAAUACUUCUCUCAUGAAGAGGGCGGAACUCCUGCCACUGUGAUUACAAAAGCAGCCAAACUGGAAGCUCUAGGUCUGAGCCUGAUGGGUUUGGGGACCUCUCCUCCUCAGAAGGGGGACACCAAACGGGCAACGGCAGGGGUCACCGCCGCCAUGGACGCCACUCACUCACAGGGCAUGUUCAACAGUGCGGCUCCCAAAACCCCACACGGCAAAGACACCGGCUGUGACAUCCCAGCUCCCUUCCCCAACCUGCUUCCACAUCGCCCCCCUCUCCUGGUGUUCCCCCCCUCCCCCGUCACCUGCUCCCCUGCUUCGGAUGAAUCCCCCCUCACCCCCUUGGAGGUGAAGAAGCUGCCUGUGUUUGAAACAAACUUGAAUUACCCCACCGGCCCCGACAGCCCCCUGUCCCCGCAGUACUCUCGCCAGAGGGCUGACUCCUCCCCUAGCCUCACCGUCCUCAUGCCAGAGAAGAAGUCCACACCUCCCCUCACACCUCCACCUCCACCUCCUCCCCAAAACAACCCACCUCCCCCUUACAGACCCCCAUCGCACUUCCCCUUCCCACCUGAGGCCAACUUCCUGGCUCUUACUCGAGCAGCGUCUGUCACAGGAAGCUCGGACGCCCCCAAAACCUCCUCCUUGCACAGGGCAGGUGGGGAGCCGCUGGGGAAGCCCCCUCCCUACUCCCCAGUGAAGGUGUCUCGCCCUGAGCCUCGGAGAGCCCACUCGUGCUCCUCCUCUCCCCUGCUGUUCAACCCGGCUAACGGCAGACCCCUGACCAGUCCCCUGGAUGAGCUCAACACCCUCUUCAGCUCUGGACGGAGCCUACUGAGGAAGUCCACAUCUGGACGCAAGAUGAGGGAUGGAGGAUUCAAUUCUAACAUAAACCUUCCAGGAAGGGAAGAUUCUGGCUCCGCCCCCACGUCACCAUCUCUGCAGCUACAGGACAAGAACGCCAACAACCACACUCCUCACUCCUCAAGCCAUGCCACUGUAGAGAACGGCAACCAGAUCUCAAACGGAUCGCUGGAGGAUGAGAGCCACAGCAAGUCAAACAUAACCAGCUCCACCUCUCUGCACAGACACAUGGACAGCCACCACACUCAGGUAUUCCAGCGGUUGCGUUUGACAAACAGAGAUGAGAGCUCCGCCCUCAGGGAGCUUCUGCGAUGGCGGCGGACGCAUUGUGAGGGGCAAGGAGACUGGAAGCACGGCCCGCCUCGAUCCCCGACCCCUCCCCCCACGCUGCUCUGGACCAACAGGAAAGCCUCUCCAUGACAGAUGUUGUGUGACUCAGUUACAUGUAUUACCUGAAGCUUCCCCCCCACUAUUCCCUUCAGCCAUGCAGGCACAUUUCCUUGUUUUUAUUUUUAUAUGGACUCUGUAACCUCGUUGCUCUGGGGUGACGUAAAAAAGCUCCAAGCCUAAAAAAAGCAUGAGCCUCGUUCCAGUGCUGGAGGUCCAACCUCUCCACUACUCUGAUACCUGUGUGAUAGAAACUCAGCACUUGGGAACACUGACUAGUGUGUCAGUGGAAAAUGAUAGGAAAAAACCGACAAUGGAGGCUCAUGGGGAGUUUAAUGAAGAGAUUAUUUCCAGUUGUUCUUAGACUAAAGACUGAAUUCAAAUGCAGAAUAGCAUCAGAUAUGAAACAGCCCUUUUUAGUGCUCCACUCCAAACGGUGCUGAUUAUACUCGACUUGCUGUCCUGUGAUGUCCCUGUGUGUUUAACCCCCAAGUCUCAGACCUUUCUGAAGUUUACAACCCAAACAAAGCCUUCAGACACCUCCAGUGUUCAGCAUCACAGUACUGGUUGUAGACACGGGGGCCUUUCAGGAAAUACAGCUGUCACUUCCUGGGCUCUUUAAGUGUCACCGCAGCCCAACAAGGGACCAGGGGUCAGGGCAACUUCAGUUUAAAAUCUCAUGGUGCACUCUCUUUUCCCCCAUUGUUACCACCAGCCUUUGAGGUCCCAAAACCUCCUGGCCAAACAUCUGCACUAACCUUUACAAGGAAAGGGGAUCAAUCAAAAAAAACCUGCUCAUGGUUUAUGGUGUAAAGCUGAUACAACUAAGCUUUAGUCGACAGGUAUGUAGUUCAUGUUGUGAACAUGAAACUCUGUGCCAAAGUGAAACUACUUUUCAAAGACGUGUCUAAACUAAUAUGUAUAGUUAUAAAAACAGAUGUAUACAAAUAGUUCCUCAUUGACUCAUCUGUACAGACUUACACAAAGACCAAAUCAAAUGUUGCUGUGGUGAUUUUAAGAACUUUUUUCUGAGUAGAUCAGAAGAAUAUUACAGAAAGAGGUAGCAACACAACUCUCAUUGUCUCAUUGACACCUGAACCGUCAUGUUGGGGGGGGGGGGGUAGUUGAGGAGACUGUGCCGAGCUCAGGAACUCACGCACAGAUGAACUCGAUUAUCGUACGGACCGCUCGGCCCCUCAUUACCUUCAGUGUCCUGCCUUCCUCUCCUGUCCUCACUCGACCCCAUCAAACAGACCCCCCUCACUUGGUCUUUGACUAUACCGCGCCCCCACCUCCCUCCUCCAACCUUCCUAAUGGAUCAAACCGGCUCUACGGGUGUCUCCAUGGUAACCACUCUGUAAAUAGUGACCGGUGUUGUUGUUGUGUGUUCCAGCUUCCAGCAGAAAAAGCACAGAGACUGAAAUGAAAGAUAAGGAAAGGGGGUUGAGAUAAUACUGUCUGUGAUGGUGAAACUGAGAUUUAAAGAAUGUCUUGGGUUAGAUGCAAUGACCGAGGUAAAGAAGAGAAGAAGUUUAUUUUAAAAAUGUGAAUAUCUUUUUUUUUUUUUUUUUCAGAAUGAUUGUCUAUUGUUAUGAAAUUCUUUAUACUCUAUUUAAUAUUAUUAUUCCCCCCCCCCUCUUGACCCUGUUCAUAUGAUGCAAGGCAGAUGUUUUCAUUGUAUAUGGAUGUUUUAUUGCACAAUAUUUAUGUGUGUUGUCGUGUUGACUUCUGUAAUGGGCUGGGCGUUCUCGAACAGGCUGUUUGAUCUCUGAAGAUCGCUCUGGAUUGUUACGGCCGCAAAGUAUCGAUAGUUCUAAUUGAUUUCUCAUUCCCACUGAUCACCCACAAUGUGUCCGAUUGAUUCAGCCGAAUACGAAUCAGCAGCACCAUCACAGGAAUCGAUCCUGGCUGUCGGGUGUCGGUGCGUGGACGUGCACAAAUAUUGAACAGAAAAUUAGCGGAAGCCGCUAAAUGUGCACAACAAGAGACAACCAAUCCGUGAGCUGCAUUUUUGGACUGACUGGCUGAAUGUAUAGAUGCAACUUUAACUGCCUGUGCACAUCAAUGAAUCCCCGUGUAUGUUAUUACUGGAACGUGCGCCUGUAUUUUAAAACAGUGUACCUGACUGCUAAAUGUGAUUAUUGUCUUAUGUAUGCACUCCAUAUUUUAAAGCAGCUUAAUAAUAAUAAUAAGAAUACAGCAUCUCUGAUGAGGCAUUCAUUUGCUCCAUGAUUUACACCUUGUGUUGUGAUCGGGGUUGCAUGAGUUGUACUGUCAAACAGUUUCAUCAUAGUAUGAUUCAGCUCAUUCACACAAUGAGUUAACAUGUAUGUGAUCAAAUAUAGAAGAGCCCAGAUCGAGCUGAAGUGAUCUGGCCAGUGCAAAUAACAGAGAAUGCAUUGUCCUGAUAAUGCUCCUCCGCUAUGCUUUGGUGCUGGUUAAUUGUGCAUUAUGAUGAGAGGAGAUGAUUUGUCUGUUUUUUAAGGGAUAUCAGUUCUUUUUCUCUCUUUCCUCUUCCCUAUAACACACUCAUGUUGUAAAGAUUAAAAAAACACAAAAGAUGUCUAAUGUGAAGAACUGCUUCCCUCUGCACUGUGAAUCACUGAAUCGUCAUCCAUCUCUCUUUAACUGGACCAACCUGCACACAUAUCAGCUCCCUCAUAAAGGUCCCCGUCAAUCCGAUUUCACUUUGUCGUAAGCAUUACCAAACCCCUGGCAGCCAGAAUACCGCCAGUCCACGAUGUUAGGAUCCUCUUCCAUGAGAUCAGCUCUCUAUCGUCAGUGCAGAGCCGCUCUUUUACCGUCCCCCAGUCCAUGUAUAGUCGUCCUCAGAGACACAAUAUUUAAGCACCUGAUGUGAGGUGUUUCACUGCCUUUCAUAGUGUUUUUUUUAUCGCCCUCUUUCUUUUUGUACAUGACAUAUGAAAUAUUUUAACCUGCAUACAUUUGUGUUUGUGGAAAGAAAAAAGAUUGUAUGUGAUAUUUCAUAAUUAUUAUGUUCCCAAUGUUUUAUAAGUACUUUACCUGUACAGCAAUAAAAGCACAAUUGUGUCA